GUGACUCCUACUGAAUUAACUCAAACAUAUAUAUAUAUAUGUUUAUGUUUGGUAAAGAACAACGUGUGCUUAAACUUAAUAUGCAAAAUUUUGCCCUUGAAGAUACACGAACGAAGUACCUUUGAAUUAAACCAAACACGCAUACCAGUCAAUCAUGGUCUUCUAAGGAAAUACGCAAAUAUUUAAUUUGAAAACAAACUUUGAAAAUGUAUAACAGGUUAAGCUCCCUGCAAAAACAUGAUCGUAAACAUAUUUUGUUAAACUGUAUAUAACUGUCAAUAUCACUUCUUCACAUGUUCAGAUGUGUUUCAUAAUAGAUAUAUAUAUGCUUCAUCAUGUGUCCAUCCAUGUGUACAUUUACUUCCUUAACUGUUAAAAACAUUAUUACACACACAGUUAAUGACUAAGCUAUGUUAUCAAACAUGUACCUGUGGAUAAAAAGUGUAGUUUUUACUUUAUAAAACAUUAGUUUUGUAGUAAAAUUACAAAAUGUGAACAAUUAAUUAUAUAAAAAAGGAAACAGAAACUAUUUUAAAAGAAAAAACACUACUAAUUCAGAGUGUGAGAUUAGUUAGUUGUGUAAGGAUUUUUCAUAACCAUCGGAAGUGCAAAGAAAAAAUGGUAGCCUUGACAGCUAUUGUAACACCUUCAAAUGACAUACUGAGCAGGUGUAGUCUUACAGUUACACAACCUGCCCUUUAUAAAACCAGUCCCACCGGGGUAGUAUUUGUGUUAUUCAGUCCUCAGAGUGUUACGCUUACUUCCCUCUCUCUUCAACGCUUGGUUUCAGACUCUGAAACUGGUCUCAGACGUAGAUAACAACAAGCAGAACAUUCUCUUUAUUUCAGCUUCUCACAAUGGGAGGUCACAGCUUUGCCCGUUUAGCACUCAUAGUCCUUUCUGUUGUCAUUUACAUAAUCUGUAUCAUAUUCAACGCACUUGCUGGCCCUGGAACUGGUCCUUUUCGGAACAACACUGGAGCGAUAUCAGAUAAAUACAAUACAGAAAUCACUCCCUCAGGAUGGACUUUCUCAAUCUGGGGUGUCAUCUACACUUGGCUGUCGCUCAUGCAUAUUUACAUCCUCACCACUACCUGCAGGAGGACUGUUUAUGGUCCAAUGUACUGCAGUCCUGCUGUGUUGCCAUAUGGAUUCUUCAUAACCUGGAUUGUAAACAUGCUGCUAAAUAUAAUCUGGCUUCUGCUGUGGGACAGACAGGUGAUGAUUGCUGCAUUCAUUAUCCUUGCUUUGAUUGCCUUCACAAACUAUUUGCUGAUAAUCUUCUCCUGCCAUGGACUCAAACAAUAUGGAGCCUGGUUAAACAAGUAUCACAAAGUAGAUCUCUGGUGCAUACGGAUAUUAGUUCAGAAUGGCAUUGCAACAUACACAACAUGGACAACAAUUGCCACCCUGAUUAACUUCACUGUUGUGCUGAGAUAUGAUGCUGGAAUGACCCAGUCAGAUGCAGCAACAGUCUCUCUCUCUAUUCUUUUGGGCGAAGCUAUUUCUUGGUUCAUUGUAGAGAACUUUGUGUUUGAAAAGCACCUGCGAUACAUUCUGACAGUCUACCCUGUUGUUAUUGUGGCCUUGAGUGGAAACAUGACAAAGAACUAUAAAUCUGCAGAUCCAAGCCGCAGCGGCAUUUACAUAGCUGUUUUAUUGGGGUUGACUUGUAUACUAUUUGCGAUCAAAGUGUUUCUGGUUAUAUGGAGACACAUUAAACAUCCUCUCUACAAAGGCAUGAAUGUAGAGGAGGCGAUAUCACCAAUGGAAAUUGCUGAAAAACAGAAGAAGAUCUUCACUUAAACUGAAUAAUGUUUGUAUCAUUUGAUUUUAUAUUUUUCAUAAUUUUUAAAUGCUUUUUAUUUUUUUAAUUGUUCAAAUGUGUAAAUAUGUAUUUUUGAUAAAUGAUGAAGUAAAAACUAAAAUUCAAAGCUUGUGUAAAUUGAAUUGCUCUUAUCAGGGCAGGGGGUGUUCUAGGGUAUCUUUUCAGUGACCAUGAUCUAUGCACUGUUAUGUAGCAUUUUUCUCCAGCCAUAAAAUCAUAAAACUCACUAGGGUUUAUAGUUUUUGUAAAGUUUUAGAUGGGAAGUCACAAGGUUGUUGGAACUGUGUGUUGAUUUGUAUGAGAACUACUUUUUAAAUUAUGAUGAUGAUGAUGAAUAAUAAUAAUAAAAAAAAUCUGCAACUCUUAU